AUGCCAAAACACUUCACACUACCUUCCUCACUCGAGCCAUAUAAGGGGAUUGGUGACCACCGGUCUCAUAUUAAGAAAUUUCAAUCUAUGAUGUUCUUUAAUGGCCCUAAUAACGAACCUGUUCUUUGCAGAGCUUUCCCUAAUUACCUCGACGGUGCUGCCCUACUUUGGUUUUCAAAAUUACCUACAGGAUCAAUCUCCUCUUUUGAGGAACUGGCAAAAUCUUUCAUAGACUACUUCGCUGCAGCACGGAUAUGUGUACACGGAUCAGACUACCUCGGCACCAUUCGCCAAGGUCCUCAUGAAAGCUUGAAAGACUAUCUGACCAGAUUCGCAAAAGCAACCAUGGAGAUACCCGAUCUAGAUCCCGCUGUCCACUUGCAUGCCCUAAAGGCCAGACUCCGACCCGGAAAAUUUAGGGAAACAAUCGUGGUAACCAAGCCAAAGACACUGGAAGAAUUCCGGGAAAGGGUGGUAGGACAAAUGAAGAUUGAAGAACUCCGCGAAGCCGAAAAAACAGAGAAAAAACAACCAAAGAGAGAGGAUGACAGAACUAUGAGACCGACAAAUGUCAAAGACCACAAAAAGCACUUCAAACUGACCCCAAAAUUUGACAACUACACCAAAUUCAACACAAGAAGGAAAAAGAUAAUUAAAGAAAUCCUCAACGCCAAGAUCAUAAAACCACCAGCAAGGGCAGGAAGCUACCAAGAUCAGCGUUUCGUUGACAAAAGUAAACACUGCACUUUCCAUCAAAAGUAUGGGCACACAACCGACGAGUGCGUGAUAGCCAAGGAUCUAUUAGAAAGAUUGGCUCGGCAAGGCCUCCUAGAUAAGUACAUCGAAGGAAGGAAGCAUAAAGAAAACGAUAGGGACAAGGAAGAACGUCAACAAACCUCGGAAAACAAGGAAAUCAAAAAAUGGUCAAACAAUAUCCCACCUAAAGGGAUUAUAAACUGCAUAUCCGGAGGAUUCGCCGGCGGAGGAGAAACAACAUCGGUAAGGAAACGUAGCUACCGUACAAUGCUGGCAAUCAAAGGAACAACACUAUACAGCAACAACAACGUACCUGACUUAGAAAUCACUUUCAACAAGGAGGACAUGUGCUCGGCCGCACCACACUCAGACGGCCAAGUGGUAAUCUCCAUCCAAACAGGCGAGCUGUUGCGAUGGCUCGAGUUCAUAUCUGGAAAUGAUUCCAGUCGAUACACCGUUCGUGCCCAUGGUGAUGGGAAGUCCCUCUCUUUUACCUUGUGGAGGGUUGACGAUGAAACUCGGAUGAGAUUGGCUAUGGAUCUUUUAUGUCAAAGUCAAACCCAAAGUGGGAGGAGGUCUGUCAGUUGGCAGGAUAUUUCUGGAAUAACUUUGUUAAGAGCUACUUGGAGAUUGAUGGUUGUGACUCCAAGAAUGGCGGGCAAGAGGAUGCAACAGUCGGCAGCAGUAGCAGCCAAAGCAUGA